AUACCCGGAAUUUAUGUAAAUCUGAUUUCCAUAGGUGUCCCGCUUAAUCCCCCGCUAAUCGACGCGUGUCCCGUGCCAGCUAUACACUAGUAACUGCCCUUUCAGCCGGUCACCGCCACCGGCUCAGCCGGUAAUCCCUAUCCUCUUUGGCCUCCCUCGUAUAUAUAUACCCCUCUCCUCCGCCUCCUCUUUCCUCUCAUCGCUAAGGCGAGGCUCCGCCUCUCCAACUAUUUAACCUACACAUACAAAAUCCUGCAUCUAACCCACUCACAUAUUCCAAAAAUUUCAGGGUUUUAGGUUAUUUUUCCUUGAGAAGAAAUUAUAUCCGGAAAUCUAGGGUUUCCGAUAUGGCGGCGAGAAGCGAAGCGGAUCGGAUAAAGGGCCCGUGGAGCCCGGAGGAGGACGAGCUGCUUCAGAAGCUUGUGGAGAAGCACGGCCCGAGGAACUGGUCGUUGAUCAGCAAAUCGAUCCCAGGGCGGUCGGGGAAAUCGUGCCGGCUGCGGUGGUGCAACCAGCUCUCGCCGCAGGUGGAGCACCGGGCCUUCACGCCGGAGGAGGACGAGACGAUCAUCCGCGCCCACGCGCGGUUCGGCAACAAGUGGGCCACCAUAGCCCGGCUCCUCUCGGGCCGGACCGACAACGCCAUCAAAAACCAUUGGAACUCCACGCUGAAGCGCAAGUGCGUCUCCAUGUCUGAAGAGUUCAACGACUUCGAUCCCGAGGCCCGCCAGCCGCUGAAACGAUCGGCCAGCGUUGGGCCGGGCACGAAUAUAUCUGCUUCGGGCUUCUACUUCAACCCGGGCAGUCCCGACGGGUCGGAUAUGAGCGAUUCCAGCCAUUCGGGCCAUCUCGUAUACCGUCCUAUCGCCCGAACUGGCGGGAUCUCCCCGCCCGACCCGCUGCCCGACCCGGUCACAUCGCUCAGCCUUUCGCUGCCCGGAUUCGACCCGAGCCCGAGCCCUUCAGCGGAUGUAAGCGCUAGAUCUGUUUUGGAGCUUGACCCGCAAAUUGUAGUGGAUCCUCCCGUGCUUCCGCAACACUCAAUUCAAAUGUUGGCGUCUCACCCUCCUCCUCCGCCACCGCCACCAGCUGCUCCGGCGGCGGUUCAAACUCAUCAGUUUGCCGCUGCGGCGGCGGAUAAGCAGUUUUUCAGUGCGGAAUUUUUGGCGGUGAUGCAGGAUAUGGUGAGGAAGGAAGUCCGGAAUUACAUGGCAGGAAUCGAACAGAAGGGUUUCUGUAUGCAGAGCGAGGCUAUUAGGAAUGCGGUGGUGAAGCGGAUGGGUAUUAGCAAGAUUGACUGAAUCGGCGGAAGUUAAAUCAAAUUCAAUGAUGAAAAACACAAGAUAAAAAUUCUCUUUUUGGGAGAGGCAUAUUUUAGUUUAAUUUCAAGAUUAGUAGAUUGAUUUCAAUCUUUGGUUAGAGAGAGGAAAAAAUAACUUUGGGGUUGUACAGAUGAGAAAGGGGAGGAGGUGGAAAUGGCGAUGAGCAAGAAAUUUCGUGAGAGAAAAUUGCCUGGGAAAAUUGUGAGAUUAAGAGGGUUGUGAUGAUGAUGAACUGGGGAAAGAAAGUUUUAGUUGGUUAAAUUAAAUGUUUAUAUUUUCUCUGCUGUUGAACAUCAAUUUUUGGCCUUCUGUUUUAAGAUUUUGAACUCAAAUCAAUGCCUUACUUGAACUCAAAA